AUGACUGAACAAAGGCAACGUGCUUUGUCGACAUCAGGGGAGGCAUUAUAUGAAAUCCUGGCCCUGGAGAAGGGAGCAACACAUGAUGAGAUCAAGAAGUCCUACAGAAAACUGGCUCUGAAGUAUCACCCCGACAAAAAUCCAGACAAUCCAGAGGCUGCAGAAAAAUUUAAAGAGAUCAACAGUGCUCAUGCAACACUGACUGACCUGUCCAAGCGGAACAUAUAUGACAAGUAUGGAUCAUUAGGGCUCUAUGUGGCAGAACAGUUUGGUGAGGAAAAUGUUAACACCUACUUCAUGCUCUCAAGCUGGUGGGCAAAGGGCCUGUUUGCAGUCUGUGGCCUGCUGACGGGCUGCUACCUCUGCUGCUGUCUCUGCUGCUGCUUCAACUGCUGCUGUGGAAAAUGCAAACCCAAAGCACCUGGCGGGGAAGAGCAGGAGUUCUGUGUGUCCCCAGAAGACUUGGAAGAGCAAAUUAAGAACGACAUGGAAAGAG